AUGCAGAAGAUGAAAAGAUUGAAGAUUGGAAUUAGGACCCAACUCAUGGUUCUUGUUGGGUUUGCAUCCCUACUAUCACUUCUUAUUCUUGGUCUUGUCACUGGUAUUUAUUUUAGCAAUAACUUAAGAAGUCUACGAUCCGAGCGACUAGAGGUUAUAUCACAACUAAAGGCCACUCAGGUGAGUCAGUCCGUUAGCUUUGUUCAAGUUACAGUGUCUUCAUUAGCACAGGUUGACAGGAUACGAGAUCCUUUACUGCUGCAUCAGAAGGGUAACGAUCUGUCGAACUUGUUUGAGGGAGUGGAGUCACUCUUUGAUCAAUACACAUUUACCGACCAGUUUGUAUCGGCCAGACUAUACGAUAAAGAAUAUAACAUUGUGUCCGCAACUACAGAUGAAUUUGUUGUCGUUAACGAUGAAAUUAAGGAUAGACUAUUUCCUAUACCCGAAGGCGGUCCGUUACCUGAAAUCGUUGAACAAUACACACACAGUGACUACCAAUAUUACUAUACUGGACCGUUGCCCAAUAACUCUCAUCAAACUACUGACCCAUAUUUUGCUGGACUUACGGUGGCAGUUUACGACGAAGAUUCUCCUGAUGAGAUAAUUGGCUACCUUUCUGUUAUUGCGUCAGCAUCGUCCAUCUUUUCUGCACUAAACUCAACAUCAACCGACUAUUGGACAAUAGCGAUUGAACCAGUUUUUAAUGAUAGCACAUCAGACUAUGUUGAGAACAGAACUGCAGGUUCGCUAGUGGGAUUUGAAUCUGUUUUUCCCAAUAGCGGAGCACUCAUUCGACCCAACAAUUUUUAUAAUAUCAAUAGUUCCGUACUUGUGGGACCUGCUUUUAGGUCAAAUCAUACACUGGGAGUCGUGAGAAAUAUGAAGUCAGUGACGGGAAUUAAACUUUCCGCAGCUUACUACAAAAUUCAAUUCAGUAACUGGCGGUGGUUAAUUGUGACCUCUCAAAAACAGUCAUCUUUCAACGCACCUGUAACAAAGAUGACGCACAUUAUUAUUGGAGUUACCAUUGGUGUGGGGUUUUUUAUGUGCUUUGUGACUUUCACUUUAGCGAUUUGGUUCAUACGGCCAAUCACGAGAUUAAAGGAAGCCACUGAGUCAAUCACCAGAUACAAAAAAGAUAGAAAAGGAAGUAAGAAAGCUGGAAGUAAUGGUGAUAAUUCACCACCCGAUUCUAGUGAUACAUUAAAUGAUGAAAAACUGUCCAAAAGGGAUAGCGUUCAUUCGAUGUCAACCAAUGGAUCGGAAUCUGCCCACUCCAGUGGCAUCAGGCUACCUUCGAGGAUUCCACGAUCGAAGAUGUUAUUCAAAGAUGAACUUACUGAGCUAUCUGAGGCUUUUAAUAUCAUGACGGAGGAAUUGGAAAAGCAAUACACACACUUAGAAGAUAGGGUCAAGUUGAGAACAAAGGAGUUGGAGGCAUCGAAAAUUGAAGCUGAAGCAGCAAAUGAGGCAAAGACUGUAUUUAUUGCCAACAUUUCACACGAGUUACGUACACCAUUGAAUGGUAUACUUGGAAUGUCAUCGAUUGCCAUGGAAGAGAAAGACCAGGAUAGAUUAAAAGAUUCGCUUAAGUUGAUCUACAGAUCUGGUGAGCUUUUGCUUCAUAUUUUAACCGAGUUGUUGACCUAUUCCAAAAACACCCUCAACAGGUCAAAAUUGGAGAAGUCUAAUUUUCAGAUCCUUGAAAUUGUUUAUCAAAUUCAUUCGAUUUUUACCAAACUAGCUUUGGAUCAAAGGGUUAAUUUCAAAAUACUAAUCAAACCUCAAGUGUUCAGGAAAUUAAUUCUUUAUGGUGAUUCAAAUAGGAUUAUUCAAAUUAUUAUGAAUUUGGUUUCCAAUGCGUUGAAAUUUACUCCGGUUGAUGGAUCAGUUGGUGUUUCCUUCAAGAUGAUUGGUGAGUACGAUUAUGAGAGGUCCAAGAAGGACAAUUUCGAGCAUGUAUAUAUUCUUGAUAAUAAUGCCGAAGCGGCAAAUUUAUCUAGAAGAUCAUCAAAAACAAAAGCUCAUUUGUUGUCUCCAGUUGCUAGACCAGCCUCACCAGCAUCUCCCAUCUCACCUCAACAAAAAGUCCCUGUUUUGUCACCGGUAUUCGAAUUUGAUAAAUCCAACGAUUACUUCAGUGAAAAGCCAGUAUCAACUAUAAGCCCAACAAAUACCGAAGCAAUUACAGACGCCAAGAAAACCCAACUUAGUAACGGUAUAGCCGGCAACACAGAGGCACCACCUGAUAAUAGUAAUAGCGCUAUUAAUAAUAACGACACUAACGAAAUUAAUGACACUAAUGACAAAAAUACAAAUAUGGAAAUCACUGAUGAUGAUUUGCAUUCUAUUGCCACUUUAGCAACAGUACAAUAUGAAAACAAGAUUUACGAAUCACAAUUCAACAACAAGCCACUUCCCAUGACCCCAAACAUAAGUCCAGGUAGUUCAUUGGAAAAGAUCCCUUCACGAAAUAGCCGUACACCUUCUGUCACAACUAUCAAUUUUGAUCAAACAUAUAGAGCUAACCCUACAUCUUCAUCUGGUGAGUUCAAGACAUAUCCAACAUUGGACAAACGAUCUGAAUUUGAUGCUAAUAUGUCCAAUCAUGAAAUCAUCAAGGACAAUAAGGCGUUCAAGAUUAGGAAAAUGUACAAACCUAAAACUUGGGUUAUUCAAAUUAAAGUGACAGACACUGGAUCUGGUAUCGAGCCAGCAUUACAGGAAAAGGUGUUUGAACCAUUUGUUCAAGGAGACCAAACAUUGAGUCGAAGUUAUGGUGGAACCGGGUUAGGGUUGAGUAUAUGUCGACAAUUGUCCAAGAUGAUGAGGGGCUCCUUGACCUUGGAUUCCACAAUUGGUGAAGGCUCGAGCUUUACUUUAACACUACCAUUACCACAAACGGGAGAGAUUGUAGUUCCUCCUCAAGAUUUGGAAAUGUUUUGCGAUGAUGAGUUCAACCCCACUGCGAAGAGUAAUAGAAAAGUUGCUUUUGACGAAAAGGCAAUUGUUGUGCAUGAUGAUGUAAAUGACACUACGAUGACUUUGGAAUCAAUCAAUAAAAACAAUAGUACAAGCAGUGACUCAACAAUGGGCGAAGGGGCAUCAUCGGUUGCUAAAAGUGAGACAUCCAAUUCAUCAACUUCGACGCAUAAUGAUGUACAACGAGAAGCAGUUCAUGACGGUGAUGACAGUGAUGAGAAAAAUUCAUCAGUUCUGCAGUUGAAUGCUAAACCACUAAAACGUUCUGUCAAAGCAACUAAACAAAAACAUAAUUUACACAAUUUACUUGCCGAAAAACCAGAGUUACUUCACAAAGGAUCCACUGGAACUGCAAAUUCAGCAAUGGAUAUGAAGUCUGUUGACUCAGACGAGCAUACCCAAAACAAUGGAUAUCAGAAAGUAAUCACACAUGACGAUGCCAACGGGGCUGACACUAAAGCCAAUGGCAAAACUCCCCAACAUCAUCGUAGCAACUCGCACUCAUUAAAUGACGAUCUUACACCAUUAAAAAUUUUGAUUGCUGAAGACAACAAAGUUAAUCAAGAAGUCAUCAAACGAAUGAUGAAAUUGGAAGGAUUCACCAAUUUAACAAUGGCAUGCAAUGGAGCUGAAGCUAUUGAAUUUGUCAAAUUAGCCAAUGAAGCUGAGGAUCCGUUUGCACUCAUUUUCAUGGAUGUGCAAAUGCCGAAAAUGGAUGGAUUAUCAGCAACGAAAUUGAUUCGACAGGAUUUGCAUUAUGAGCGUCCUAUUAUUGCCUUGACGGCUUUUGCAGAUGAAAGUAAUGUUAAAGAGUGCUUUAGCAGUGGAAUGAAUGGGUUUUUGUCCAAGCCAAUCAAAAGGAAUAACUUGCAACUGAUUUUCAAGGAGUUUAGACCGCGAUUGUUGGAAGAUGCAAGGAGAAUUCAAGGGACAAGCGAAGGAGAUGAUGUAGUAAUGGAGGGUUGA